GCGGGCGGAGCCACCCUGGGCCGGGGGCGCGCGCUCCCGUGCGCGUCCGUGUCGGCGGCCCCGGCCCCGGCGCCCAGACGGAGCGAUGGGCGGCGGCGGGGACAGGCGCGUCGCGGGCCCCCUCCACCUGCUGCUGCUGGCGGCCGCGCUGCCCGCGCCGGCCCGGGGUACGACCCCCUGGACCCUGGAGAAGAAUCACCACCAGCCGGCCCGCCUGAGCCCCUCGGCUCUCCAGCACGCGGCCCAGAGCACCAGCCUCGCCGCCAUGUGGAAGGACGAGCUGACCCCGCUGCUGAUCGAGCGCUACCCCGGCUCCCCCGGAAGCUACGCGGCACGCCUGCACAUCCUGAGGAGGAUCCAGAAGCUGGCGGCCCCGUGGGCCGUGGAGGUGGACACCUUCGUGAGCUGGACCCCCUUCGGGUACCGGUCCUUCUCGAACAUCAUCGGCACCCUCAACCCGUCCGCCAGGCGCCACCUGGUCCUCGCCUGCCACUAUGACUCCAAGUACAUGCCCCACUGGGCGGUGUUUGUGGGCGCCUCGGACUCGGCCGUGUCGUGCGCCAUGAUCCUGGAGCUGGCCCGCGCCCUGGACACGAAGCUCCUCUCCUUGCAGAACCGGGAUCUCUCCCUGAAGCUCAUCUUCUUCGACGGGGAGGAGGCGUUUCAGAGCUGGUCCCCCAGCGACUCUCUCUACGGGUCCCGGCACCUGGCCAACAAGAUGGGGUCCACCCCGCACCCACCGGGGGCCGUGGAGACCAACCAGCUGCACGGCAUAGAUCUGUUCGUGCUGCUGGACCUGAUCGGAGCCCCCGGCCCCACCUUCUCCAGCGUCUUCCCCAGCACGGCCCGCUGGUUCCGCAGGCUGGAGGCCAUCGAACGCCAGCUCCACGAGUUAGGUCUGCUCAAGAACCACUCCCUGGAGACCCCGUAUUUCCAGCACGAGGGCCGGGGAAGGGGCGUGCAGGACGACCACGUCCCGUUCCUGCGGAGAGGUGUUCCGGUCUUGCUCCUGAUCACGUUUCCCUUCCCCGACGUCUGGCACACCCUGGAUGACGAUGAAGAGCACCUGCACAGGGACACCAUCGACAACCUCACCAAGAUCAUGGCGGUCUUCGUGUCCGAGUACCUGCACCUCAGCUUCUGACGCGGCUGCUGGCGGGCCAGGGGGCCGGCCCCAGGCUCUUUGAACAUCGGAUCAAUAAACCUUAGAUUUGCAUCGUA